GUUUUCAUCACUUCUUUCCCACCCUCCCUUCGGGUAACAGUACAGACGAGAAGAGGAGGUAUUCCUCAUUUCCUGUUUCCGUAGAUAGUCCCAGGACCAUCGUUGCGUUGACCGGAGCACCAGCUUCCGAUCUUAGCAGUGCCUCUCAGGAUGGUGAAAGAAACGGAAUACUACGACGUCUUGGGCGUCAGCCCUACAGCUACAGAGGCGGAGAUCAAGAAAGCUUACUACAUCAAGGCGCGGCAGGUUCAUCCGGAUAAAAAUCCCAAUGAUCCUCUUGCAGCACAUAAUUUUCAGGUUUUGGGGGAGGCUUAUCAAGUACUAAGUGAUCCAGCACAACGGCAAGCAUACGAUGCUUAUGGGAAAUCUGGAAUUUCAACUGAAGCAAUCAUUGAUCCAGCUGCGAUCUUUGCAAUGCUCUUUGGGAGUGAGCUCUUUGAGGAAUAUGUAGGCCAGCUUGCAAUGGCUUCGAUGGCUUCACUUGAUAUUUUCACAGAAGGGGAACAGUUUGAUGCCAAAAAGCUGCAAGAGAAAAUGAGGGUUGUUCAAAAGGAAAGAGAAGAGAAACUUGCAGAAAUUUUAAAGGAUCGGCUCAAUCAAUAUGUACAAGGAAACAAGGAGGGUUUUAUUAGUCAUGCAGAAGCUGAGGUAUCAAGACUUUCUAAUGCAGCUUAUGGUGUUGAUAUGUUGAAUACGAUCGGUUAUAUAUAUUCAAGGCAGGCAGCCAAGGAGCUUGGGAAGAAGGCAAUAUAUUUGGGAGUGCCAUUCAUAGCUGAGUGGUUUAGAAACAAAGGCCACUUCAUUAAAUCCCAAGUAACAGCUGCAACAGGUGCAAUUGCUUUGAUUCAAUUGCAAGAGGACAUGAAACGGCAGCUCAGUGCAGAGGGAAAUUAUACCGAGGAAGAGCUUGAAGAAUACAUGCAGUCUCAUAAAAAAUUGAUGAUUGAUUCUCUGUGGAAGCUUAAUGUUGCUGAUAUUGAAGCCACUCUUUCCCGUGUUUGUCAAAUGGUACUCCAAGACAACUCUGUGAAGAGAGAGGAGCUCCGUGCACGUGCAAAGGGAUUGAAAACUAUGGGGAAAAUCUUUCAGAGGGUUAAAUUGGCCAAUGUGAAUGAGAAUGAGGCUGCAUUUAAUAAUUCAAUCCACAAGCUUGAUGGCGUUGAACGGAGUUAUGAUGCUAGUUCUCCUGAUACAUCCCCAAAAUCUCUGGCUCCUGAACAACCAUGUUAUAUGACUAGCACACCGAAGAGCCCAUACGUGGAGACUCCUCAAUUUGCAGGUGUGCAGUAUAACUAUAACUUUCCAAUGCCAACAGCACCUCCUGGUGCACAAAGAUAUCCUCCAUCUACAGGCAGAGAAUGAAUUUAUGGUGUGUAUCACAUUGUUACUUGCUUGUAAUAUAACUCCUCAAGUAAGUUUCUGUGGUGGAGAAGCAGGGUUCUCAUUCAUUUGAUGCUUUUGUUUGUAACGAGUAGUCAUGGUGGAUUCAUGCCUGCCUCUAGAUGAUUGGGCAUUUUCAGAAGCUUUAGAUGUGUCUCCAUGGAAAUGUUGCAGGCACCAUGUGCCUACCAAGGGGGGAAAAGAGGGUGUGGGGUAGGGUUUAAAUGACUUCAACUUCACAGGCUAGAUAAGAUUGGAGGUGGUUUAAUCUUAUUUUCUGCUGCUUAUUUAUGUACUUAACGUUCAUUCUCUGGCUCCACCUUGUAUAUCUGAGGUUUCCAGUUUGGCUUGGCUUGAGUUUCAGCUCUUGAUACAGUUGUAUGAGAUCACAUAUUAUAUGAUGAAAAUUAGACCUGUUGUAUA